GAAAUACUCAAUAUGAGUGCCGCUUGAUCGCCAGUGGUAGCCAACUCUCCCGUUGUCUAUGGAUUCCUUCACUUGGACACGGAGAGUCAAGCUCAACAACCUGUUUCGAGUAUCCUGCACCGUUGGGCAUAAGAACUUUUUCAUUUAUGAAUAUCAAGGCUGCUUAGAGGACAUUAUCAACUUUGUGUUAGAUGUAAAAUGUGGAUUGAACCUACCUGCUGGAGUAAACCUUAUAUUGCCACUAAUUGUGCUGCAACAAGAUGAAGAAAUGUGGGGUGAAGAUGCAAAGGAUUUCAAUCCGGGGAGGUUUAGCGAGGGAGUUAGCAAAGCAACCAAAGGGCAGUUCUCAUUCGCCCCAUUCGGUUGGGGACCUCGGAUAUGCAUUGGACAGAACUUCGCUGUGUUAGAGGCUAAGAUGGCAAUUGCUAUGAUUCUAAGGCGGUAUGCUUUCGAGUUGUCCCCAUCUUAUGCUCAUGCUCCUCAAGCUGUAACCGCUCUUGUUCCUCAAUUCGGUGCUCACUUAAUUUUGAGAAAACUAGAGAGACAUUAGAUGGAGAUUUUUAGUUAUCUAUGCG